AGUACCGAUAAACACAGCCUCGUCGUUUGGCAUCGACGUUCCCGCGCUGGUCUCUUCCUAGCUUAUUUAUUCUCCUUGCAUGAAGUUAGAUUGUUCUUUGUCGGGAGGGCGUGAGUUUUCCACGAUAUUCGCGCGAAUAUUAACGUGACGAUGCCGAAAAGAAAGAAUCAAGCAUUAAUAGAUUCUGAAAGUAGUGGCAGCGCAUCGGAAAGUGGCUCGGAUUUGGAUAAUGAUCUACUGUCACUUGCCAAGAAGAAGAAAGGUAAAUCUCAAGAUGACUCUCAAUCCAAUGAAGACAACAAUGUUGCUAAGAAAGACGUCAGGCAUGAUUCUGAUACAUCAGAUUCUGACGAUGAUUGGGGAGCAAAAACUGGAAAGAGUAAAAAGAAAAAAGCACCGACUAAAAGAAGUAAACGAAAGAUGACAAAAUCUAGUAGCGAAGAUAGUGGAAGUGAAAAGGAAUCUGCAAAAGUUUCAGAACCAGAGGAAGGUGAAGUCUCAGAUUCUGAUGCAAGCGUUUCGGAUUCUAGUCAAGAGGAAUUUAAUGAUGGUUAUGAUGACAAAUUAAUGGGAGAUGCGGAAGAUCAAGCGAGACUAGCACAAAUGACUGAAAAAGAAAGAGAACAAGAAAUUUUUAAACGGAUAGAACAAAGAGAAAUUAUGAAAACUAGAUUUGAAAUAGAGAAAAAAUUGAGAAUGGCAAAGAAACAAGAACUCAAGAAACAAAAGGAAUCGAAGAAGAAGGAAAAAGGUGUGGAAGAUAAAAAGAUAGAUAGAGCACCAGAUCCUAAGGAGAGAAGUAAAGAUCGUAAGAAGACAAUAGAGGAGAAACAAGAUAAAAAGUUUCAUGCAAUGUCUUUGCUGAAGGCAAGACGUGAAGAAAAGAAAGAAAGAGAGGAAAAAGAAAAGCAACGAAUAGAGCAGCAACAACAACAAUCAAAAGAUAUAGAAGAGGAGGAAUUAGAAGAUGAUCAUAAAGGAGGUGCGAAUAAGACAAAGUUGAAAGCUUCAGAUAUUUAUUCCGAUGACAGUGGUUCUUCGGACAGUGGAGAAGAGGAAACAAGUAAACCAGCAUCACAUCAAAGGUCAUCUUCCAGCGAAAGUAGGGAUUCUGAUUCUGAUAAUGACAAAAAAUCUGUGACCAGUAACAAAGCUAAACCGAAAAAACCAUUAUACGUCAGUACUAAAGAAGAUUUGAACAAAAUCAGAUUAUCUCGCCAUAAAAUGGAAAGAUUUGUUCAUCUUCCAUUUUUCGAUCGGGUUGUACAAGGUUGUUUUGUUAGAAUUGGCAUUGGAAAUAAUAAUGGCAAGGCGGUUUAUAGAGUAGCAGAGAUCAGCGGAGUUUGUGAGACUGGUAAAAUUUAUCAAUUAGGUGGUACAAGAACAAACAAAGGAUUAAAAUUAAGACAUGGUGCUCAGGAACGUGUAUUUAGAUUAGAAUUCGUAUCGAAUCAAGAAUUCACAGAAUCUGAAUUCUUUAAAUGGAAAGAGACAUGUGCUUUGCAAGGGAUAUCAAUGCCUACAUUCGAUGAAGUAGAACAAAAAUUGAAGGACAUUAAGGAGGCCUUAGUAUACGAAUUCAAAGAAGAGGAUAUUGAGAAAAUAGUAAGAGAAAAAGAAAGAUUUAAACAAACUCCAUAUAAUUAUGCGAUGAAAAAAGCACAAUUAAUGCGAGAAAGAGAUGCAGCCAAUUGUAGAGGAGACGAUGAAACUGCAAGUCGUCUUAAUCAAGAAUUGAGCGAAUUAGAAGAACGUGCUUCUGAACUUGAUAAAAUGCGAACAGCAACAAUAUCAAGUAUCUCGUACAUAAAUGACCGUAAUAGGAAAAAGAAUGUUGAAGAAGCAGAAAAAGCUAUUAUGGAAGAAAUAAAAGCUAACAAGGGGAAGAAAGUAGAUGAUCCAUUCACUAGACGUAGUACGAAACCAAGGAUGGUUUAUAAACCUGACGAUGAGGAUACACCUUCUGCGACUGGAGCAAAUGAAAAGUCAGGUUCUCAACAAAUUGGUGACUCUAUUUCAAUUGGAAAUGAAAAAGAAAAUGGCCAAGAAGUAAAGAAAAAACAAAGCACGGAAGAUUUGUUCAAUGCACAUGAUUUUGAUAUCACAAUAGAUUUAGAAGUACCAAUCCCAAAUAAUCCCGUUAGCGUUUUACCCAAACCUGUCAGUAAUAUCAAGGAUACAGGACCUCGUCGUUCCUUAAAUUUAGAAGAUUAUAAGAAGAAACGUGGACUUAUCUAACAGUUUAUUUACCUUAGACUGAAUAAUGCUGAAAUUAAUUUAUCAACGUUAUGUUAUAAUAACCGAUAUAAAUAUCUUAGCUAUUUUUGUCACUAUUGAAAGAAGGACAAAAUUAUAGUAUUGCUAGCUGCUCAUCAUAAUGAUUAUUAUCUUUUUAAAUGAUUAUUAUAGAGAGAGAUCAUAUUGCUAUUAUUGAGAGAAAGAUUUCUUAGUAAACAUGAAGAGAGGUUGUCGGUAUUAUUAUAAAAAUACUUUUCUUGAAUAAUAAGCUUAUAAGUACUUAAAAAAAAAAAAAAAAAAAAAA